UUAAGAAGCAUGUCUUGGUACGUAUACAAAGUGGACUUUUUUAAUACAAUAGGUAGAGUAAAAAUGGAAAUACCAAAGAAGCGUUUGUUCAAGAUUUGCAUGAAAGGAAAAUGGGACGAAGUGGUUGAGAUGUACAAGAAGGACAAGAAAGUUCACACUGCCAGAAUAACGACGGCAGGUGAAACUGCAUUGCAUGUAGCGCUCACCGAUGGUGAAGACGCCGUCGUGCACCAACUUGUGGCACUGAUUUGUUUUCAUGAACGUAAAGAGGCUUUGGGAAUUCAGAAUGAGAGAGGGAACACAGCUUUGCACAUGGCUGCUUUGACGGGGAGUGUGCGAACGUGUGAGUGCAUUGCUUCUGCUGAGACUUCGUUGUUGAGUGUUCGCAACGUUGAUGGUGAGACCCCUCUCUUUCUGGCUGCACUUCACGGCAGAAAAGAAGCUUUUCUGUACCUCCAUUAUAUACAUAUCAGUCACACAGAUCGGAAGGCUUCAAACUACUAUUCAAACUGCAGAAGAAAUGAUGGUGAUACCAUUCUUCAUUCUGCUAUAGCUGGAGAGUAUUUUGAUUUGGCGUUCCAAAUAAUUCAUUUAUAUGAAGAUCUAGUGAACUGGGUGAACGACCGUGGACUCUCUCCUCUUCAUAUCCUCGCAAGUAAGCCCUCAGCUUUUAGAAGUGGUAGUUACCUUGGACUACUAGAAACAAUUGUUUAUCAAGGAAUAUUCGUGAAGGAACUCGAAGUGGCACCAAAUUACCACCGAUUACCGACAGAAAAAGGAGGAUACAGAUAUCCACAAUAUUAUCAGACAUUCAUUAGCCUUUUAAGGGCGCUGCAAAAGUCAGCGUGUCUAGGUGGAUCAAGCAUAAUACUGAAGAUACGUGGGAAGAAGGAGAAACAUGUGUGGUCAGUCCAAGUAAUGAAUGAACUUCUGAGGCGGUAUGAGUAUGAUGACGAUGACAAGAAUCCCCCGGUAUUGAUAGCGGCAAAGAACGGUAUUAUAGAAAUGGUAGAGAAAAUCCUAGAACUGUUCCCAGGAGCUGUUCAUGACACGGAUGCUGACAAGAAAAACAUUGUGCUACUGGCAGCAGAGAACAGACACCCGCACCUGUACCAACUCCUACUCAAGAAAAACAACCUUAAGCAAACUUUAUUCAGCAAAGUGGACAAUAAUGGAAACAGUGCAUUGCACUUAGCAGCGAGACUUGGAGAUCAUAACCAUUCGCUCAUUCCUGGGGCAGCGUUGCAAAUGCAGUGGGAAAUCAAGUGGUACUUGUUUGUUAAAGAAUCUAUGCCACCUCAUUUCUUUUCACCAUACAACAAGGACUACAAUACUCCAAGAGACAUCUUCGUACAAACACACCAGAACCUUGUCAAAAGUGACGGAGAUUGGCUGAAAAAAACUUCCCAAUCAUGCUCCCUGGUGGCGGCACUGUUAGCCACCGCGGCCUUCUACACAUCCACCACCGUCCCUGGCGGCGUGAAAAAGUGCGCGGGCUCCCCAACCCUGGAAAACACGGAAGCGUUCAACGUCUUCGCGAUGUCAUCACUGAUUGCUCUGUGCUGUUCCAUAUCCUCGCUGGUGCUGUUCCUCUCCAUACUCACGUCCCGGCUCAAGGAGCAAGAUUUUGGUAAAGAUCUUCCUCUGAAGCUGCUCUUCGGUUUGACAUCGUUGUUCGUAUCGAUUACUUCCAUGUUGCUUUCCUUCUGCGCUGGGCACCCGUUUGUGCUUACGAAAAAACUGAAAGACGCUGCAGUUCCGGUGUACGGUGCGAUAUGCGUGCCCGCCACACUUUUUGCGUUGGCUCAGUUUCCGCUAUACUUGGAUGUUGCACGAGCUACUUUUAUGAAAGUGCCCAAGCGCAGCUCUAAAGCCACUCUGCUUUAGUGUUAUGUUCAUGCAAAAUUAGGCUAAAAUCAUGAUUUUGUAAUUACGAGCUGAUAAGUUGUAUCCUUCUGUCACAGAUAGCUUACCGAGCCAAUGUAUUGUUUGAGCUUACUUCACAGGUUAUGAUUAACGAUACUCUCUUAGAACCAUAAGUACAGCCUUUUAUGACUCGCAAAAAGUAAAUUGGAUUGACUUAACUCGAUUUUAGUGUCUCACAUAUGUGGUCUAGCCUAACCCUGCUUUUAUAUAU